AAUGCAAAAUAACGGAAAACAAUAUAUGUCCGUUUCAUGUGACUUUUUUUCUUAUCUUUAGAAUUACAAACCCUAUUAUCCUAAUCGAAUGUGUCAUUGCUACAGGGCCGACUGCGGACAUCAGUUUUGAUUUUCGUUGUAUACUGUACAAAAUGGAGUUUGAUUUGUCAUUGCUCGGUGUCUUUUGGCUCCUGAUAAAUCUUGCUUCCUCUUUAGAUACUGACGAAGUACAUCCUGUUGGUGACCCGCGGAAAUGUUUCGUCGGUAAAAAUAAGAUAUUUAGGUUUGAAGUCAUUCCCGGCGGCGGAUGGGAUAACUUGAUAAAUAAAGACACCGGUAUGAUAAUGGAACUGAAUUACUCGCGAUGCAGGACUACCGACGAUGGUAAAUUUCUCAUCCCCGACGACGUGUACACCAUCCCUAUAAAAAGUAGUAAAGUGGAGACGUACGCGGAGUUAAUUACACACUGGGACAACUACACUAGCACCUUAUCAAGAUCGGUGAAUGCUCACGGUGGACUACAUUUUUCGUCGGUAUCAAUCAGUGGAAAAUAUUCCAAUGAGUAUAAGAGUGUGAAAUCACGACAAUACUACGAUAAGUCGAUGACGACCCGAGUCCAGGCUCGAUAUGUUCUGUACACAGCUAUGAUGGAACCAAGUGCCGUUAUAAAUGACGCUUUUCGAUCACGUCUGCAAAAGAUAGCUACUUAUGUAACUCUUAACCGUACAGAUCUCGCACGCUACGAGAGUCAACUUCUCGUACGAGACUAUGGAACACAUGUGAUAACGAGCAUAGAUGUAGGAGCUGCUCUUGCCCAGAUAGAUGAGGUAUCCGCAAAUUAUGUGAGGAAAUAUGAUUCACAAAAGCACAAGGUAGUGGCUUCUGCCAGUGCAAGUUUCUUUGGUGUUUUUGAUUUCGGUGCGGGAUAUUCUGAAACUACUACAAAGGCAAUGAUUGAUGAAUACAAAAAAGAACGGACAUCAUCAGCUGUAAUCACGAUUGGUGGUCCUUCAUUUAGACCUAAAGACUUUACUGCAAACAACUGGACAGACUUUAUUGCAAAUGAAAUGGUUGCGUUAGACAGAUCCGGGGAACCGUUAUACAGCAUCAUACGUGACUCAGACUUUCCUAAUGUCCCUCAGUCCGUAACUUUUGACGUAAUUGAUUACGUAAAAGAGGCAGUGCAUAUAUACUAUGAGCAUAACUCUCACCGCGGAUGUACAAACCCCGAUUCGCCAAAUUUCAGUUUUCAAGCAAACAUGAAUGAUGAUUCGUGCCAUGCACCAAUGACAAAUUUUACAUUUGGCGGUGUUUAUCAAACGUGUGAAGCAAGUAGUUUCCCUAAAAACCUGUGCAGUGGCAAGACUCAAAAGAACCCCCUGACAGGAAGUUAUAAUUGUCCAUCUGGUUACGAGGCUGUGCCUCUCCAUCGGGAAAAUACACCGGUGUGCCACAAGUGUUGGCUUUUCUUCACGUGUUGUUCAACAACAAGCAUUUCUGCUUACUGGUGUGCGGCAAGCGGUCAAGUUGCAAUGAACAGCGGUUUCCUGUUCGGAGGACUUUUUACAUCCACCGUAGUAAACGUUUUGACACAGCACCAGAGCUGUCCACCAGAGUUUUAUCCUCUUAAAGUUCUCGGAGAUCUGACAGUCUGUGUGAGUAACGAUUAUGAACUAGGAUACAGAUACUCUCUACCAUUUGGAGGGUUUUUCUCCUGUAACGCGGGCAACCCACUGUCACUAAAGGAAAGGGUGAAUUCUCUUCAAAGCAGUGGAGAAGUUGAUUUCUUGACAAAGUUCAUGAUGGAACAAGGUGUAGAAUCAUAUCCUAAAACCUGUCCAAAAGGAUACAGCCAACACUUAGCUGUUGUUUACGAAGAGUGUAGUAUAAACUACUGUGUAAAGACGGGAGCGCUGUCAGAGCAAGGUCUUCCAAAGGUACAGAGACCUCCAUUCAUGAAAGCUCCUAGAGACCAGUACACAAUGAUAGACGACAAGGACAGUGUAUUCAGCGAUGAUCAAAAUUUUAUGGCAAGACUGAAAGAGGUUGUGCUAAAUGCAAUCUCAGAAGAAGGGCUAGACGGUCAGUACACAGAACUGACCCCAGCAAUGAAAGGGUUUAAAGGCAGUGAGAAAACAACGGAUACAAGAAGGCUUUCAAGUGGUGGAGUUGCAGCGAUAUCAGUUUCCGCGACCCUCAUCUGCGUUUUGAUCGGCACCGCCAUCGUAAUUACGAUAAAGCGCCGCAAAAGUAGACCGUAUAAAGAGGUUGAUCCGUGGGCUAGCUCAACGGAGGACGGGAGAAUUUUACUGACCGGUACAAGAAAUUACAGUCGUAUGGAUGAUACACCAGUUGUUGUUUCUAGUACUUAGGUCUAAAUGUGGCAGUUUAUCGCAAUAGUAAUUGAGACAAAUUCCUUAGUUGCAUAGCUCUCUCUCUCUCUCUACUACAGUGUCUGCACUAUGACCUAGUUGUUGUUUUAUGAAAACUAUUGUGAUCGGUCUUAAUAUUAUAAAUGACGAAAUAGGCAGAACUCGGAAGAAAUUUAAGUUGUGAACAUGCACUAGUAUUAGUAAUUGUUUCAGUCAAGUAUGUUUAGAUAUGCAUGUCAUCGUUGAAUUUUUUUUUAAUUUGCAUUCCUUUAGAAGCAUUUAAAUUUGGCACUUCUCUGGACUUUAGUACGAAAGAAUAUAUUGACCGAAAAAUCGUUAUUCAUAUACACAAACGUAAAGACGAAUUUAGUUAAUCAAAGCAAAAAGCAGGACGGAUAUAAAGACAUACCAAGAUAACAUAAAUUUGCUCCGCAUUCAUGGUAUUUACACCAUAAAAAGAAAGGGGAAUUUAGAAAAGUAUUUCCCCUUUUUAAACCACUUAUUAAACGGAAAACCUAAAAUCCAUUUGAUAUCAUGGUAGUUUUCUUCCGCAUUACAUAUUUUCUCCACUUCACGCUAUUUGCUUAAGAAAAGUUAUUGAUCAGUUGAAUGUUUGUCGUUGUGCAGAAAAGCACGCGUGUUAUACUGUAUGUCAUAAAUGCAAGAAGAAAUAUUUUAAGGUGUCCGAUCCACAAAUAAGCAAGUUUUAUAUACCAGUGCUAUCAAGAUAUAUCAAAUAUUGGUACCUGGUAAGCUCAUAUAAUUUUGGUAUUAUUUGAAAAUGUAUUGUCUACUGAAAAAGGAGAAUAUAAAUUACAUGACAAAAAUAUGUGAUAGAAUUUUUAUUUUUUUACUUUCUUGUCUUAAAUAUACUUCAACAGAAAUCCAGUUAUUACAGUGUAAGAUUUAUCAUUUCGCAGUCAAAAAAAACAUGACUGUACUGCUUCAUGCAUACAUUAUUAUGGACAUCUUAUUCACUAAUUUUUGUUCAGCAGAUACACCUCUUUCAAAUGAUACUAAAAACACAUUAGUACGGGGGCCAAUCAGUUCUACCAUACCCCCCCCCCCCUCACCCCUUAGACUUUUUUCAUAGGCAGGACCAACUCUUUCAAAAUAAAAAAUGUUCCCAUGAAAAAACUCUUUUGAACUAUAUAUGAUUUCAUUGUUUCCAUGGCAACCGUUCAUUUUCUAAGUUUCAAAUCAAUUUAAAUGUACCAAACAGCUUUGAUCUGGUCAUUAAGUCUCUCAAGUGUUCUUUAAUAUAUUAUUUUGUUACUCUUGUGGUAUUUUUUAUUUGCUAAAAACUGGAUGUACUCUGCUAAUUUGCAUAAAAGGAACCAGUGUCACAAACAACGGAAAAAAUUCUGAGACCAUAAAACUGAAUACAAGAGCUGUCCGUUGGACAGCGCGCUCAACUAUUCGGCGAUUUGACAUUAAAAUGAAUUUAUGUCUCAAUAAGAGACCUCUAUUUAAAAAGGAAAAUACACCAAGAUAUAAAAAGACCCUACUACUCAUAGGGGUUAAAAGUCAAGUAUGAAAGGGGUACUGAUGAUGAUGGUAAAAAUGUAUUUUGAGUUUCAAAACAUUAUCUUAUAUAUGUAGUACCAAAGUUAUGCCCAGAAGAUGAAGUUUGAUAAAAACUUUAAGUAUAAAAGGGGCAUAAUUUGGUCAAAAAUACAAAUCAGACUUAUGGAGAUUGUUAUCACACAUGCAGAUAUGAUGAUUAAGAUACAUUUUAAGUUUCAAGUCAAUUUAAUUCAAAUUUUUCAUUAUAUGGCCUCCGGCCCAAAUACAAUAUAUACAACAUGAGAUAAACAUAAUGCAUGAGGUUAUGACAUAAACAGCUAGACAACAUGGUCAAUGUUAAACCACGUAUUAUAGUUAACAAUACAUAUCAAAAGUCAUAUCUAACUGAACAUUUCUAAAUAUCUGUUCCUCUCUUUAAAAGAGUAGUAAAGAUACAUGGCAACUUUUCUAUAUAAUUAAAUUCACAUUUUCGUCUGAAAUCAAAGCAUAAAACUUUUGUAUGGUUGGAUGUUGACAAUAAUACAUAGGUAGAUAUC